UCGAGCGAAACUGAAAGAUGCAGAAAGUGGCACAAACAUUAAUAUUAACAACAAUUGUGCUGCUUGUGCAGCUAACGGUAAUAGCGUUGAGCCUGGAGUGCUAUGCAUGCGAUUCGGCGGAGGACGCCGAGUGCGCGACGCGGCCAGGACAGCAGCUGGAAGUGGAGGAGUGCCAGGCGGCGCAGGACGAGUGCGUCACAUCGAUAACAGCGGGCCUAACGCGUCGCGGCUGCCUGGGGCGACUCUAUCCCAACGGCUACUGUGCCGCGCCCUGCGAGCGUUGCAACACAAGUCUGUGCAACCGGCUCGUUUAUCCUGUGAACCGACUGCGCUGCUAUCAGUGCAACGGCGCCAGCUGCAUUGACGUCAGCGAGCGGCCGCAGCUGCUGCUGCCAUGUCCUGUCUAUAGCGCCGAGGAUCGUUGCUAUACCAACAUUUUGCACAUCAGCAACACGCAGCGCGGCUGCGAGCACACCGAUCUGCCUGCCACAUGUCCGCAUGUGUGCCUCAAGUGCAACUACAAUGGCUGCAACAGCAAUCGCACCAUCGAGGAGGCGCGUUGUCUAAGUUGCAUGCAUAUGCGCAACAAUCCCAAUCCCCAAUGCCUGCGGCAGCAACAAGCUGCUGCUGCUGCUGCUGUUGGUGGCACUGAGUGCGCUUUGAGCAAUGCCACCGUCUCGGAAUGCGUUAACAAAUUCAUGAUUGGGCAUAAGGAACGCUGCUAUACGCAUAUUAAUAAACAAACUGAGGUGCUGCAACGUGGCUGCUCCACCACCAUGGGCUUCUUUCCCACUGGCGAGCUGCACGAGUGCUAUGGCGAGAAUUGCAAUACUCAGUGCCAGGAUAUUGCCUGUGCGGUUUGCAAUUCAACUAGCAGCAACAUUGAUAAUUGCCGUCGUGGCAUCGCUCUCAGUGCCGAGCAGUGCGCUCCAGGCACUACGAGCUGUUAUUCCUGCGAGAAAGACACGCUUAUACGUCGUGGCUGCGCUGAUGCCAGCUAUGAGCCUAGAGCGGGAGAGGCGUGUCAGCUCUGCCGCAGCGGCGAUGCUUGCAACCGAAAUUCAAUACGCAGCUGUUAUCGCUGCAAUUCACAGGAACAGGGCGACGACUGUGCUGCCAUGUUGCAGCCCAGCGCAAUGAACAUAAGCAACUGUAGCUCCCCAACCGAGCUAUGCGUGAGCACUGUGCUCAGUCGCUUGCAGCUGGUGUACACUGUACGUGGCUGCGCUGCCGAUGUGCCCGAAUGCAGCGCCAAUGAUCCCUACUGUGUGCGUUGCAACGGCAGUUUAUGCAACAGUGCCGCAACCUUGUGGUCAACCGAACUAAAGCUACAAGAGCUGAGAGUGGCAACAACAAAAACAACGACUGGCAGUCGCUUUGGGCAGCUGCUUGGAUAUCUACAGCAAUUAUUGCCACAAGCAUUUAGUUGAAUAAACAUUAAAAAAAAAAACUUG